CUUUGGUGGAGCGCGGAGGUUUGUACCGUUUUGGGGCAAGAUUCUCCGCAAAUUGCCUCUGAAGUUCAUGUGUUCGCAGACAUCCAUAAUGGCAGCAUAAUGGCUCGAACGCUUCUUUCUGACGCCAGAUGAGAGGUACCAUACGGCCACUGGCCUUGAGAUAUGCAGCAAGGCCAUCGCAAUGGCGGUGCACAGCGCGAUGGCAAUCUUCGCAGGCUUCAAGCACGAGGAAGUGGUCAACUCCGCUAGCUAAGUCAUUAGCUGAAGCUAUAACGACAACAGGUCCUAUCCCUGUAGCGGCGUACAUGAGACAGUGCCUUACAAAUCCCCAUGGUGGCUAUUACACUUCGCGUGGUCAAGAGACGAGUAGCGAUCCGUUCGGCAAACAUGGCGAUUUCAUCACGUCACCGGAAAUUUCACAGAUAUUUGGAGAGCUGAUUGGUCUCUGGACCUUUGCAGAAUGGCGUGCCCAGAAGAUUACGAGCAAGGUGCAUCUAAUUGAAUUAGGCCCAGGAAGAGGCACGUUGAUGGAUGACAUGCUGCGAACAUUGAGGAAUUUCAAGCCAUUUAUGGGUAGCCUUGACAGGAUAUGGCUCGUCGAGGCGUCUGCAAAUCUUAGAGAAACACAGCGCCGUCUACUGUGCGGUGAGCAUGCCCAUCUUGAGACCUGCGAGGAGGGUUUCAAAUCCAGAUGCAAAUACGCUCCUGACAUUGAGAUUGUGUGGGUGGAGGAUAUGAAAUUCGUUCCACAGGACACUGAAGCUGCACCAUUUAUCAUCGCUCACGAGUUCUUCGAUGCUCUUCCGAUCCAUAUCUUUCAAUCCGUGGUUCCACGAUCAAACGAGACAACACCCAGCAUCACGACGUCAGCGACAGCUGUCUCUGAUCCAGCCAAGCAAACAAAAAAGACAAAGCCAAACGAAUGGCGCGAAAUGCUGGUCAAUCCUGUCUCUCCGUACGACGCUAUUCUCAAUGCCCGUGCAGAAAAAGCAGGACCAGCACCAGACUUCGAGCUCAUCGUCUCUCCUGCUCCAACACCGCACAGUCAGCUGCUCCCAAGACUCUCAGAACGUUACCAAAAGAUACUGUCUAUCACAGGUGCAAACAUAGAGAUCUCUCCCGAAUCGCAGGCCCUGGUUGCGGACUUUGCUAGGCGUAUCGGCGGUGCAAACCAGGGGAGCGACAAGAAGCAGCCGGCAGGUGCGGCAUUGAUCCUAGACUACGGACCUUCAGCUACUGUCCCUACCAACUCCCUUCGUGGUAUCCGGUCCCAUAAACCUAUUUCGCCAUUCGCCAUGGCAGGGCAGGUCGACAUAUCUGCCGACGUGGAUUUCCUCGGGCUCGCACACAGCGCACUUGACGCAUCGCCUGGGGUCGAAGUUCACGGCCCCGUGGAGCAAGCCUUGUUUUUGUCUGCAAUGGGCAUCAAAGAGCGUGCAGAUAUGCUGAUAGCAAAAGCGGGCGCAGAUGACGAAGUCAAAAGGCGGAUCGAGACCAGCUGGAAGAGGCUGGUAGAUCGGGGCCCAGACGGGAUGGGCAAGACGUACAAGGCCAUGGCUAUACUUCCUUAUUUUGCAGAGAGGGAAUUGAGGAGGCCUGUUGGAUUCGGAGGGGAUAUUUCAGUGUAGUUGCGCAUGUGACGAUUUGUAUGCAGAAAGAAUACCCACGCCAUGCUCAGACGCA